AUGGCCAGUGAUUUACAAAGAAGACCAAUCAUGAAUGGUACACACGACGUGAACAAGCCCAUAGAGCUCGUCAUUCGACUCCCAUUCCACCAAGAAACAAAAAUCCACCUUCAUCUCACCAUCCUCGCCACCAGCAUCAUGCUCUUCGUGUCCACAGCUGCCCUGGAUGCCGCAAGUGGCGGCGCAGCCAUGGGUAGCUUUGUGUACGCAAUGCCUGAUAGAUACAAUCCUUCUCAGCCAAUGAGCACAGCGAUAUACACAGUACCGUCAUCCCAAGACUUCGUAACGCGUAUGGCGAAACUUCUCGCCAAGCGGACUGGCAAGCUCUGCUACGUUGGUGGAGCUCUCAAUAUGUCCAAUGCGGCAGCUGGAGGUACCGUGGACGAGGAGAUGCAAGCAUUCCGGUCUAUUGUGGAAGUUGUCAAUGCAGAAGUCGGAAAGGCCAAGGCGAUGUCUGCUUGA